CGCUUCUGCGAGGCAGCCUAUGUGAGCAUGUGCACACAGAUCCGUCUCCCAAUGGCACAGCAGCUACUGGGGAAAUUAUUUUGAAAAGACUUGGUUGGAUGCAUAAGACUAAAGUUCAAGUGGGAGGGAGAACAAAAAAGCAAACAGUAGAAUCUUUCAACUGAGAAUGAACAUUUUGAAGCCUACGAUUGUAAGAUGAUGGUGAUCAGAACCAUACCUAAAAGAGACUAAAAACUCCACUGCACGCUCUGGAGCUUGUGACGGUUGUUCACAGCAGGGAUGCCAGUUUUAGCCUUGGAAUUUUCGGAGAGAUAAAGACUUGGAGAAAAUAACUGAGGCUCCCCGACCCAGGAGAUUAAAUCAAGUCAGGGGGUACAUGAAUCCCCUUGGCAGCAUGAUGAACUCCACCCACCACCACGGGAUGCACACUUCUCUCCACUUCUGGAACCGCAGCAGCUACGGACUGCACAGCAAUGCCAGUGAGUCCCUUGGAAAAGGCUACUCUGAUGGAGGGUGCUACGAGCAACUUUUUGUCUCUCCUGAGGUGUUUGUGACUCUGGGUGUCAUUAGUUUGCUGGAAAAUAUUCUAGUGAUUGUGGCAAUAGCCAAGAACAAGAAUCUGCAUUCACCCAUGUACUUUUUCAUCUGUAGCCUGGCUGUGGCUGAUAUGCUGGUGAGCGUUUCAAAUGGAUCAGAAACUAUUGUCAUCACCCUAUUAAACAGUACAGAUACAGACGCGCAGAGUUUCACAGUGAAUAUUGAUAAUGUCAUUGACUCAGUGAUCUGCAGCUCCUUGCUUGCAUCAAUUUGCAGCCUGCUUUCAAUUGCAGUGGACAGGUAUUUUACUAUCUUUUAUGCUCUCCAGUACCAUAACAUUAUGACGGUUAAGCGGGUCGGGAUCAUCAUAAGUUGUAUCUGGGCAGCUUGCACAGUUUCGGGCAUUUUGUUCAUCAUUUACUCAGAUAGCAGUGCUGUUAUCAUCUGCCUCAUCACCAUGUUCUUCACCAUGCUGGCUCUCAUGGCUUCUCUCUAUGUCCACAUGUUCCUGAUGGCCAGACUUCACAUUAAGAGGAUUGCUGUCCUCCCAGGUACUGGCACCAUCCGCCAAGGUGCCAAUAUGAAGGGGGCGAUUACCUUGACCAUACUGAUUGGCGUCUUUGUUGUCUGCUGGGCCCCUUUCUUCCUCCACCUGAUAUUCUACAUCUCUUGUCCCCAGAACCCAUACUGUGUGUGCUUCAUGUCUCACUUUAACUUGUAUCUCAUACUGAUCAUGUGUAAUUCAGUCAUCGAUCCUCUGAUCUAUGCACUUCGGAGUCAAGAACUGAGGAAAACCUUCAAAGAGAUCAUCUGUUGCUAUCCCCUAGGAGGCGUCUGUGACUUGUCUAGCAGAUAUUAAAUGGGG